AUGUCUUCCGGUGGGAUCGCGCGCGGCCGCCUCGCGGAGGAGCGCAAGGCCUGGCGGAAGAACCACCCCCACGGCUUCGUCGCCAAGCCGGAGACGCUGGGCGACGGCACGGUCAACCUCAUGGUCUGGCACUGCACCAUCCCCGGCAAGCAAGGGACUGAUUGGGAAGGUGGAUACUUCCCUCUCACCCUUCAUUUCAGCGAGGAUUACCCCAGCAAGCCUCCCAAGUGCAAGUUCCCUACAAAUUUCUUCCACCCGAAUGUCUAUCCUUCGGGGACAGUCUGCCUUUCAAUCCUCAAUGAGGACAGCGGCUGGAGACCUGCUAUUACUGUGAAGCAAAUCCUUGUUGGAAUUCAGGACUUGCUUGAUCAGCCCAACCCGGCUGACCCUGCUCAGACUGAUGGUUAUCACCUUUUCAUCCAGGAUCCAGCUGAGUACAAGAGGCGUGUUCGGGCGCAGGCAAAGCAGUAUCCCGCAUUGGUCUGA